AUGCGUCUCGACAAGUCAUAUAUCUUGUUUCUGGCAACUUUGCCUGCCGUGCAGGUCCUCGCGGCCCCGGCCCAAUAUACCGACUUAGAGCCAGUCCGACGCGAAGAUGGUCUUCUUCCCAGGCUCGAAGCUGCUGUAGCCCAGGUUGGGCAUAUGUUCCAGAAGCGUAAGGGCGACAAGGACAAGGACAAGGACAAGGACAGUGACAAGGAUAAGGACAAGGGAGCAUCCAGUGCCGGUGGUGCUGCGACAAGCGGAAAUGGUGCACCAUCAGCAACAGGAGGGGCCGCUACUACCUCCGAAAAAGGUUCAUCGGCUGCUAGUUCUGCGGAUGCUACUUCUGCGGCUUCUGCUUCUUCGGGCUCCCACUCCUCUUCAGCCACUUCAUCCUCUACAUCAUCCUCUGCAUCUGCAGAGGGUACAGCAGCACAAAACGAGCCUGGAAGUGGCCCUCAAAUCAACCUUCCCGCCCUUCCCGAGUCUAUCCCAAGUUACCUCAUUCCUGGCGGCGGAAGUGCUACUGCCACUGAUGCUACUGGAGAGGCUACUGGAGAGGCUACCGCUGAGGCUACUGGAGAGGCUACCGCUGAGGCCACUGAGACUGGCGAGGCUACCGCUGAGGCUACUGGCGAGGCUACCGCUGAGGCUACUGGCGAAGCUACAGCUGAGGCUACCGGCGAGGCCACUGGGACUGGCGAGGCCACCGCUGAGGCUACUGGCGAAGCUACAGCUGAGGCUACCGGCGAGGCCACUGAGACUGGCGAGGCUACCGCGGAGGCUACUGGCGAAGCUACAGCCGAGGCCACUGAGACUGGCGAAGCUACGGCCGAGGCCACUGGAGAGGCCACUGAGACUGGGGAGGCGACCGCUGAGGCUACUGGCGAGGCCACUGAGACUGGCGAAGCUACAGCUGAGGCUACUGCUACCGCUGAGGCCACUGGCACUGAGACCGCUGAGGCCACUGGCACUGAGACUGCUGAGGCCACUGGCACUGAAACCGCUGCCUCCGCUACUGGUUCCGGAUCCGCUUCCCCUACUGGAGGUGCAUCAUCUAAUGCAAAACUUGGACUCACUCGCCUCACCUCCGGAGAGGACUUCACCAAGGAGAUCGCAGAGGCAAAUCGUAACAUCUUCGUCGUUCUCGGAACCACCAUCAACAAGAACUACGCCCAACAGAAGAACAGUAAACAAGCAGGAGAAAAGGUUGACAUCACCAAGAACUACGACGUCAAGGAGCAAAAGGGUAAGAGCCCAUUCGCUAAGGCGAAGCCCGCCUACCUUUCGAAGCUUGCUGGGUUCGAUACCGAGGAGUGGGACCAGGCUACUAUCCAGAACAAGAAGUCUCCCAAGGGCGUCAUCAUUGAGACCUACUCCUCUUUGGAGGCAAAGGCUGUUGUCAUUACUCAAGGACCCAACGAGGCAGCAGACGCCUUCGCUUCGGAGGACGCUACAGAUGAGGAUAAGGCUAACAGAAUCUACUGGUGGAACAUGCUCCGGGACAACUUCGUGAAGUCCUCCAAGGAGCCAUCAUCUCUCCAAUAUGUCAUUCAGCGUGAGGUUGACCCUGAAUCCGAUACCUUCGUCCUCUUGGAGAGUCUUGCAGUCCUUCUUGGAAAGAAGGAGGGCGGCAAGCUUGCCAAGAAGCAGAGCAUCCCGAUCGAAAGCACUGGAAAGGACCUCCUCAACUUUGUCGCCAUGUCGGGCUCUGACCUCGGCUUGGGAAUCAUGACCAUGGCCGGUAUGUUCCACGAGGAUUUCGCCGGUCUGAAGAUCAAGUCCUUCAUCAUCGAGCGUUCCGAGAAGAAGGUUUGGGACAUUGUUUUGACCCUUGCCGUUGAUGGCGAGGUCAGCACUGAGGUCGAGAUCCUUGAUUCCUCGGCGACAGGAUCAGCGGCAGCAACAGCAUCAGAGACUGGAGCAGCUGAGGCCACGGGAACUGAGGAGGCCACGGCAACCGAAACAGGCGAGGCAACCGGAACAGCUGAGGCAACCGGAACAGCUGAGGCAACCGGAACAGCUGAGGCAACCGGAACAGCUGAGGCAACCGGAACAGCUGAGGCAACCGAAACAGGAGAGGCAUCGGCAACAGCAGAGGCAUCAGAGGCAUCCGAGACCGGAGAGGCAACAGCAACAGCAGAGGAAUCCGAAGCAUCUGCAACAGGAAAGGCAUCUGCAACAGGAAAGUCAUCAGCCGAAGCAACUGCAGAGACAGAGGAAGCAACUGCAACUGUCACAGGAAAGGCAUCGGCAACAGGAAAGUCUUCCGCAUCCGCAUCCGCCACUGCAUCCGCAGCGGAGGAGGAGUAGAUGGAAACUCCCAGGGGUUAGCUGUGAUGCUGUCUCUUACGAAGGAACACGAG